GCAGUAGAAUGCGUUUUAUUCAAAGUUACGCGUAAAAUGCUCGUUGAAAGCUGUGUCGAGUGUCUAUGAAAAGUGUUUUGGCGGGAAAAUCGUUGGAAUUACGUGGUAUUGAUUUACUGCAGUAAAAUGUAUUUGAUUCAAUAUGUAAGUGAAGUGUGAAGCUAGAGUGUUUUAUGUGAUUAAUUCGAUUUUCUCAAACGACUCUAUCAAGCGUUUUGUCAAAGUUAUAGUCUAUGCCUAGUAUUGUGUUAGAAUCAACUGACAAACUGUGAUGACUACACUUAACCACUUUUGCCCUAACAAAUCAAACUAUAAGCACAAAAAAUACCGCCAUAAUGAACAAAAAAGUCCCUCUGUGUUUGAAAAAUAAUCAAAUAUAAGCGUAAAAUGCUCAUCAAAAUUUGUGCAGAUUUUUCAUUUACCUCUGUUAUAAAAGUGGUCUGUGUAGCACAAAAUUACUGGAUUUUCAAGUGAAAAGUAAACUUUCAAAAUGUGCUCGGUGGAAGCUGCGUGCAAAUUUCCAACUUAUUCAAUUCAAACAGAUUUGGUUGCUAUGAAAUGUAUGAUGUCAGCCGUCAACGGCGAGCCCUUGCUGCGGCGAGUGAAGCAGGAGGCGGAGCCGCCGCCGCAGUACUCGCCCACUGAGCAACAUCGCCCGAUGGCUGUGCUGGAGCCUUGUAACCUUGAAUUGGAACCUAAAGAAGAAGUCAGAUUUUGCGUUUCGCCUGGCGAGGGCGGUAUCGUCGGUAACGCAAGUCCGGAGCAACAACACUGCUCGUCGACCACUGCGGCGGCCGCCAGCGGGGCCAGGGACGACGAGGCGCCGCGCCGCUGGUGCCUUGUCUGCGGGGACGUGGCCUCGGGCUUCCACUACGGUGUCGCGAGUUGUGAGGCGUGCAAGGCGUUUUUUAAAAGGACCAUACAGGGAAACAUAGAAUACACAUGCCCAGCGUCAAAUGAAUGCGAAAUCAACAAAAGAAGACGAAAGGCGUGCCAAGCAUGCCGCUUCCGCAAAUGUUUAAGGACAGGCAUGCUGAGGGAGGGCGUGCGGUUAGACCGAGUGCGAGGGGGGAGGCAAAAGUACAGGCGAGCACCGGACCAACUCUCCUCAAACCAACCGCGAGCACAGCUUGAAGAUAUUAAGAUUUUAGAGGCUUUAUCGUCGUACGAGCCCGAGUUGUUGACGUGCGGCGCCCCGCCGAGCGGCGUGACGGACCCGCGGGCUAGAACGCUGGCGCUGCUCGCAGACUUGUACGACCGCGAACUGGUGGGAGUCAUCGGCUGGGCCAAACAGAUCCCCGGCUUCACGGAUUUGCCGCUAAACGAUCAGAUGCGGUUACUGCAAAGCACAUGGGCAGAGAUGCUCAGUCUGAUGGUCGCAUACCGCUCCAUGCCCGCCGGCGGCGCGCUGCGGCUGCGGUUCGCCGCAGACCUGUCGCUCGAUGAGCAAGAGGCCCGGGACCUCGGGGCGUAUGAUCUCUACCUACAAGUGACGGGCGUGGCGCGGCGGCUGGAGCGCGCGACGGCCAACCGCGAGGAGUGCUACCUGCUGAAGGCGCUGGCGCUCGCCAACUCGGAGGCGCGCAUCGACGAGCACGCGGCGCUCAAGCGCUUCCGCGACGCCAUCCUCGCCGCGCUCAACGACGCCGUCUCCGCGCUCAGGCCCUACGCCAACGCGAACAGUGCGAUGCAGCAGUUGCUGCUCGUGCUGCCCGCGCUGCGACUUGCGGACGUCGCGGUGCGCCGCUUCUGGGUGUCGGUCCACCGCGACCGUCGCGCGCCCAUGAACAAACUGUUCAUCGAGAUGCUCGAAGCCUGUCUGCGAUAGGCGCCAUAUCGUCGGCAUCGUCGCGACGAUACCCUCGCGACGAUAUCCUCGCGAUCAGUAGCGUCAGUGAAAUUGCUUUAGCUCCCGAAUGGACUGAAUCAUGGUUGUUAAAGCUCACGCGAAUGGAAGUAAUAUAGAACUGUUCUGUAGAAGUUGUGGAUGUUCGAGUGACUUUUGUUAUAGCGAGUGUUAAUGAAGUAGAUCUCUUCGCCUCGUUUAUUUGUAGCAUUUGUAUAACGUUAAUGAUUAUAGCACACAUAUCAACUUGUAGGGGUCGGAAGCUACUCAACACGAGUUUUCAAGUAUUCUUUGAAUAAAACUCUUAACUCCACACUAAUAGAAAACAAGCUUCGGGAAAAACUUACGGCUCACCGUCCACGUUGAUUUUUUUUUCUAUAUUCUUUUCCGUCUUCAACGAUUGCUGGAUUGCCAUACAGCGUAUUGUCAACCGUUGACUUCCGGAUUCAAACUGUCAAUCAGUUUGAAUGCGGAAGUCAAUUCCGGAAAUCAAGUCAAUUCCGGAAAUAGUUUGGUCAUCAACUUACAGUCGGCGAACCGUGAUAGCACGUUCACACAUAGUUUCCGUGUAUACUGUACACGACAAAAAAUAAUGCUUGGUUCUCACAUAGGCACCGUAUUCAACGUAUCCGUCAUUUCUAUACUACUUUCUUGAUGAAUACUGUUUACCAACAAAGAAAUUGGAAAUGAAGAAAACGCAUGUAAUUUUACAACUUAUUUAUUUUAAAUUAUGUAUGAUUUGUUUAUAAAAUAUAUAACCAUAUUUAACUGUUCUAAGCUUAUUAAUCAAAUUUAUUUUCAUAAAUUUAAAAGCAAGUCAAAUUAUAAUUAUUAUUAGGUGUGAAAUGACUAGUGAUUUAUACCCAUUUUUAAUUUGUAGGUAAAUAGUACUCAUCAAGAAAGGCUAGUAUAGAUACGGUGUUCACAAGCAAAUUCGCAGUAUACCGCCGCAGUAUGAAACGGAGACCAUGCGUGAACGGGUUGUAAGCGCGGCUUAAGUCGGAGCCGUCGCCGGCUUGACGGUGAAGCGAUACGCUUGCGAUUCCUUUCAAUGUUGUCAUGUGUGCUUUGAUCUUUACUCGUAUUUUUCACAUACGCCCCCGGGACGGACGCGACCGCUCGCUGAUCACAAUGACAUAUCACAGUGGUGUCGGAUCAUGGAUUCGUUUGCUGUAUUAUCGGUAUCUGCAUUUAGCGGUGCGCACGUGGUGCAUAGUGUAGAGUGUAUAUAUAUUUAUGUUUCGACAGACUCGCGUCUGUUCUAUGGCUGUGAAGCGGAUCUUGGGAAUUCAGAAUUCUUUAUAUGGUCUAAGAGCCGGCGUUAUGAAUGUAUACACUCAUCUGUUAUUUAUUAGUGCUGUGUAUGUUAAAUAAACGAUGUUAUGCGAAACUUAUUUUGUGAUUAAUUUAACUGUAUUCGAUUUUGUAUGAAAAUUGUGUUUGGCCGCAAUUUAACUAGGCAACCUAUGUCAAUGUGAAUAUUAUCUAUAAUUUAUUUUAGUCCGGGAUUUGUAGAACGUCUUUUACAACUGAUUACUAUGAAGUUAAUUUUUCGUAAGUAAUAUUCGUGAGUAAAGUUGUAUAACUUUUGGUAAGCUACCCUCCUCCCAAUAACGAGGUUAUUAAAAGAUGAUUGAUUUUCUAUUGCUUAAUUAAUAGUUAUACAACUUAACAGCUACAAUGUCCUACAAAUUGCGUGGUACAUUAUCUCGUUCCGUAACUCAGUUAGCUACCAGAAUCAAGAUUUUAUCAUAAAUAAAAAAGUUGAUUGUCUCAUCGAGAUGAAACGACUCACAAAAAAUUAAGUAAUCAGUUGUAAAAAAUGUUCGACGGAUCCCUGACUAUUUCAUAUCCCAAUUAAAUAACAGAUGAGGGUAUAUAUUUGUUAUGUCGGAUCUCGUACCAGAAGGUUUACAUUUUGAUGUCGCGUCCCCGCGUCUAGUGUACAAAACGGAUGGAUUUAGUACAAAACUUGUUACUAUUUUUGUAUAAUAUUAAAAUUAUAUCUAGUUUUUACUGUAUGGUGAGGUUAUAAACUAACGAGAUUCAAAUGUGGUCGAGGAAAAAAUACCUGUUGUGUUAGCCCUCAUUCGCACGAGAGUUUUUUUAACUGACGUUAAAAAAAGCGUUCAAAUAUAGUAUGAAGUUAAAUGAAAGUAUUUCUAACGACCAAAAUUGAAAAUGCAACACUGUUUGAAAAAAGCGUCGUCUUUUAAAAACGUUGUCGUGUGAACAUAUACUUGGGAAUGCAUUUGUUAAAUUAAUUUAACGCUUUUUUAACGUCCGUUAAAAAACUCUUGUGCGAAUGGGGGCUUACUUGAAUACAUCCAUAAUGUUGCAUCAUUCAUAGUUCCACUUUUCUUUGUUUUACUACAAAACACGUGUAUUUUUGUUAGUCUUGGAAAUCGUAUGUUAUUUACUCAUGUUACCUGAUAAUUGUCGCUGUAACCUAAUUGAUGUUUAAAUUGUUUAAAUUGUCUGUUUGUGACAUCAUUAAGAUCCCUAAUAACUUAUUAUGAAAUGAUUUUUACAAAAUAUGAUAACAUUUUAUAGCAUUUUGAAAAUACAUGUGCUUUUUGAAAGUUGGUAGGGUUGCAUUUUUCUUACAACGACAGUUUCUACGUAUGCGAGAAUAUAAUAUUUAAAAUUAGUUAAAAUAUCAUGAAAAUUAUAACGGAAUUGUGCUGUACUAAAAGAUUUAUUGAGUGGUGUUCUCUGAAAAAAAAGAAAAGUUUUUGACUUAAGUAUCUUAUUUGUUAUACAUGAAUCUUUUAAGAAGCAGUUAUCAUUUACACAUUACUAAAAAGCAAGAUACAAUACACAAUGAAUACCAAAAUUUGAUAUUUUCCUUGAAUUCCUUUGUUGAUUUUUCUGAAAAUGCUUCGUUGUUAGAUAGAAACGAACGGCGAGGGUAUUUUAUUAAAUCAGAAGACGGUGUUUCAACACAAGUACGUAAACGUCGUCGUUAUUUUUCGUAAAAUAUAAUGUAUUUGCUAUUCGUUGCUUAUAUAAACCUGUCCACAUAAAAGUACAUAAAGCAUUCCCACGUGCUUUUACCUACUACUAAUAAAUGUAGUAAAAAUGGUAAAUUAUUGAAAAAGCGUUUAGACGUAGAAGCAUUGUUUCUCAGACUGUACAUUUGUGAAUGUCAUAGGAAGGCCGUGUUUGGCUAACUAUUUGUUUUAUUAUUUCAAUAAGUACUGUUUUUUUUACAUUUUGUUUACUAUUCUCAUUGUAUUGUAUAGGAUCAGGAUUCAAUCCGCUAUUAAUAUAUCAAAGUAUCUAUUAUAAAACCAUCCGGCUCGAAGGACCAAAAAGUAAUAGGUCUCACAAGUAUUGAAUACUAUUUAAUAUUAUACUAAUAAAUAAAAAGGAUGGUUUUGUACAAAGGUAUUUCAAAUGUCCACAUGGACACCUACCUACCUGUGCUAUAUAUAGUUUCAAAUAUUUGAUAAUUUAAAUGAUACAUAAGCUUGUACAUUUAUUGAAGCUCUUUCCACAGUAUGUAGACUUCAAAAACUCACUGAGUAGUAGUGUUUCAACCCUCGUCCCGCUGGACUAUUGUACCCACUCCUAUUACAGUCUUCCCCUACUAGUUGGAGGGAAAUGGGAAUAUUGGUCAUAUUAAAAAAAUAUGGCAAAUAUUCUUUUUUUUUUUAAUUUCCUUGCGCGCUUAUUUGAACCAGUCUUAGCCUCAUUCAGCUUCACAUGUUUGAAGUUAUAAUUAGCACCGGCAUAAGAGUUAAAUCAAUCUAUAGUCACACAUAUUUCUAUAAUAAAGCAAUCUAUUUUUAGAACUGUUCCACUAAUAAUAAUAAAUUAUAUAUUUAUUUUUUCCACAAAGUCCAAAAUAAUAUAUUUUUUAAAUUGUUGUAAAGAUUAUAUAAAUUAAAAAGAAAAAAAGCAUAUUGUAAGUAUGUACAUACACAUGUUAUGUAACUGUAAUAGUAUAUAAAGUGGAACAGUAUUAUAUUACAUACCUCAAUAUCCGUUACCAUUCACCAUAUAAUAGCACUAACUAACCACAUAUUAACUUAGUGAAAUUUAUCACGAUCGGUAAAUUAUCUUAGGAUAAUCUGAAAUAAUAGAUUUUAGAUAGGAAGUAAAAAAAUCGGUUGUCUGUAAAGUCGGUUUACUGAUGAUAGUUGAACGUGACAACGUCAUAAAAAAUACUGAUGGAAUGGUUGCAUUUUUCAAAAGAAAAUGUUCUAAAAUAUUGUUUAAUAAUCUUCAUAGACCAGAACCCUAGAGCGUUGGCAACUCUAGAGUGAGCGAACGACGCAUGACGUCAUUCUUUUUUUGAAUGUGCAGCCGGCUCCAUCGAAUUAUAAGACGUUGUCACGUCAAAAAUUGUUAAUGAAUAUCCACAAAAAAUAAAUAAAUUAUGUACAUACGUAUUAUCAUAUGGUUUUGAAAACGAAGAUUUGUCAAUUUAUAUUAAGAAAUGAAAGAAUCACAAGAUUUUAUACUGAUCGUUGUAAAAGUAAAAUUUAUUUUAUACAAUAAUUAAUUAUUAAUUAUGAUUAUUACAGACUCCGUCGAAAUAGUAACUACAUAUUAUUGUUAACCAGUCAAAAAUAUUAUUAUAAUUUAUCAUUGCUUUUUUAAAUACAUAAUUUUAGAAAAACUUAAAUGUCAGUUUAACUGAAAUUGGAAAUUUUGGUUUAAAUUAAAUGAACCUAUUUUAUAAUUGUAGGAGUACUACCAAAAUACGAUUUGACGGUUCAUAAAAUGAAACUUAUAAUAAAUAUUGUUAGGAACGAUAUAUAAGAUAAUGUUUAUUUUCCAGUGAAUGAAAAGUGUCCUGUUGUAGUUAUUCUUAUGUUAAGAAUAUAUGAGUUAUUUAAAGUUUUUUUUAUUAAUCAUGUUUUAAGGUACACCCUUAAGGGGGCGUUUUCACUGUCAAUGAAAGCGGUUAGGAAUAAAGAUGUGUGAAUGAACGUAACAGGGCCUGUAGCCAAGUGGCACGUCGAUUCUCUUUCUACAAACGCUAACGCUUCGAAUACCAACAAAAUAACAGAUCCGAUCGAUAACUUGAUCACGUGACCUGUCGACAACAAAUGUCAUUCCCAUACAUUUUUUUAAAUUUACGAAGCGUUAGCGACUGUAGAAAGAGAAUCAACGUGCCACAUAGCUAUAGGCCAAGCUUAUUUUUAGGUAUAAUGCUCCUUAAGCUCAUCCUCAGUGAAACGCAACUAACUCGCUUCAUUCAAAUCGUAACACACACACCUGCUAUUAGUGACGUCACUUAAAUUUAAGGGCCUGUAGCCAUGUGGCAUGUCGAUUCUCUUUCUACAGAUGCUAACGCUUAGAAAAUUAAAAAAUGUAUGGGAAUGAUUCACUAUCGGUCACGUGAUCAAGUUGUCGAUCGGAUCUGUCAUUCCCAUAUAUUUUGUUAAUUUUCAAAGCGUUAGCGUUUGUAGAAAAAUAAUCGACGUGCCACAUGGCUACAGACCAAGGUUCGAAGAUAUUAGCACGUAAAAAGUCACUGUAUUGGUUUUCCAACACUGCUGUCGCAUUUUUAUUUUUGAAUGUCGAAAUAUAAAAUAGAAUUAAUUUUCUGCUAAAGCAAACAGUAUCUAUGUAUUUUUUAUAUAAUGAAAAAUUUACCUGAUAGAAAAUUAAAAUAUAUAUGUCGAUAUAUAUAUUUUUAGACUGGACACCAUAUUUGUGAAAUACAAAAUGCUAAUCUUCAAACCUUCUAAAUAUAAAGGUGGGAGGUAAUGAGAACUACAUAUAUUAUUUAUAAAUGAAGUAGACUCCAUGGAAAUUAUUUAACACGAUCGCUGCGGCACUGAUUUUUCUGUGGUGCGAGGUUUUUUGACCUCAUACUAAAACUUUGUGGUGUGGUACGAGGUCCAUCGACCUAGUAACUCUUGAAGCCGCUAGAUGUACGAGGUCAAUUGACCUCAGACUACAGCAAACGUGUUAAAUUAAGGAGGCGUUAUAUGAGUUAUAGAAAUAUCUAAUUUUUUUUUACUUUAAAUUAAAUAAAUUUAGAAAUCGCGCCAACAUAUUCGCGUUUAAGAUUCAGUUGGUUUAUUUGAAUUAAAAUAAUUUAUUGUUUGAAAGGGGACACUUUUUAUAGUUAAACUCUAAACAAUAUUUACCUUACCUCUACCGCAUUCUGAGAAAGCUAUGUAUCGCGUAGUUGCGAUUUUAAUGUCAUAGCUAGACUAUGGAAAAUUAGAUCGUGACCUGAAUAUCGCAGCAAAAUCCAAUUAAUUUCCAUGUGUUAUCACUACUUCAAGCAGGAAAAAGUGUUUUCAUAUUAGUUUUUUUUGCAUUUCAUUUUCAGAUUAUAAUAUUAUUAGUCAGGGAUUCCUAGAACAUUUUGUAUAUCUGAUUACUAACAAGCUAAUUUUUCGUAAGUAGCUUCAUCUCGAUGAGACGAUCAACUUGUUUUAUUUACGAAAAUUCUUGAUUCUGGUAGCUAACUGAGUUACUAGGAAAUGGAAAUUUCAGAGCGUCGGAACGAGAUAAUGUAUCACGCAAUUUGCAAGACAUUGUGACUGUUAAGUUGUAUAACUAUUAAUUAAUCAACAGUGAAAAAAAAACAUCUGGUUAGUAACAACUUUUGUUACUCUAUCCCCCUCCUAAAUUGUAUCAAUAACGUGGUUAUUAAAAGUUGUUACUAACCAGCUGUUUUUUUACUGUUGCUUAAUUAAUAGUUAUACAAUUUAACAGCCACAAUGUCCUACAAAUCGCGUGGUACAUCAUCUCUGCUCUGAAAUUUUCAUUUCCUGGUAACUCAGUUAGCUACCAGAAUCAAGAAUUUUGGUAAAUAAAAAGUUGAUCGUCUCUUCGAGAUGAAUCUACUCACUAAAAAUUACCUUGUUAGUAAUCAGGUGUACAAAAUGUUCUAGGGAUCCCUGACUAUAUAUCUAUGGUCAAUUUUCCCCCUAUAGUUAGUGAUAAAAAGUGCAUUUUUUUAAUUUGCCUCGUUUUUUCAGGCCACGCUUUCAUUUGCCAGUCUGACAGGGCCCCAGUGUGAUAAUGUACAAAAUGUGAGUUGUGACAGAUUGUAAUAUUAACGCUGUUGCAGCGCUGGUGUGAUAGAUGUACAAAAUGUGAGAUGUGCCAGAUUAGUUGUUAAGUUAUUUUUUAUUUCUACAUCGAUCUGUUGUUAAUAUAAAGAAUACAGAGAAGUAAAACAAUACUGGCCCAUUUGGUCUGGUAGGCUGUUAUAUACCGUACCUACUUUUUUUUUGUUUUUAUUUAUCGUUUUACCUAAAUAAGUCCUAUAAUAGGAGUUGUUUAAGUACAUAAUACGAUAAAUAAAAACUAGUAUACAGUGACGCUACUAAAUAGGGGUAAAGCUUUAAAUAAAACAAAUUAAAUAGUUUUGUUUAAAAUUAAACCUGAAUUUGAGUUUUUUUUUAAUAUCAAAUAACUGAUUUUCUGACCAUCAGGUCAAGUCUCAGUAAAGUUCAGUUUACCUCAAUAACAAUAAAACUAUUGAGAAAUUAAUAAUACAUAAAUAUUUAUGACAAUGCUAACUCAAAAUUACGUACAAUAAGCUAAAAUGUGUAUCCAGUACCAUAAUUUAUGUUUUAGCCAAUACUAUAGCCGCCAUUUUGUUAUUCGAGGCAAUAAUAAAAUGGCGGCGUAUAUGUUCUUUAUAGUAAUAACAGAUCGAUAGUAAUUUUCGUAGAGAACCUACAGCUGUCUCUUUAUUUGUAUAGAAUGUAUGUUAAUUUGUUUACAACUUUUAUUGAUAAUAUGAAAAUGGUCUCGGAGAUAAUGUGAAAUAAAUUAUAAAAUGACGAAAAA